AGUGUGCUAUGUGGUAUCUGGAAAGAAUGAAGUGGUGAAGCUUCGGUAGGAUUUUUUGAUCAAUUUGAGCUGUGAUAUUUACCAUAAAUACGCAUGGUAAAGCUAUUCAAGCAAGGUGUGCUACUAAAGCGAUUUUUAAGAAUAUAUUUCUAUAAUGUUAAUUGUUAUAAAUAUUAGUGAAUUUAGUGGUGUGAAUCGUUCGUGGUCAUAUAGUAUGUUUAUUAUGCUUAAAAAUUAUAAAAAAUUUGCGGUUUGGUUUCUCCAAAAUAUUUCAUGCUUAAAAUAUCCAAAUAUUUCAUAAAAAUACCAAAAUUGUGUCUGUGAAAUUUACAAUUCGUCCAAUGUUAGUUCAAUGUGAAAAGUACAACGCAAACAGUCUAUCGCACCUUUACCGAUGAUAAGAAUACCCAUAAAAAGACUAAAGCAUAACUAAACCACCAAGUUCAAAAGUUGGACCGCCAACCGAAGGACAACACGCUCAAACGCAAGAGCACUGCAUAAUCGAAUUCAGCUCAUCACCAUCAGCCGAGUGAAAGCGGUUUCGCUGGAGUUUAGAGUUUUCAGAACUCAUCAAAAAUGGAUCAGUCCACGGUGGUCGGGGCGACGACGAUUUCGUCCUCGUCCCUGUCCACCACCUCCAACGUGCUGACACUCGCGCCGGACGCAUCGCACAGCAGCGACAUGGAGUGCAUCGAGGAGAAUGUGAUCAUCGACGAAAUAACCGAAGCUGAACCAACUUCCGUGACGUUACGCUUCUGCAAACGUAAGUUCCUUCGGCCAUAUGUUAUCAUACUAUCCCUGGCUGGACUACGACCCAAUUCCAGUGAUGUGGAAAUUCUUGGACGUUGCGUUGGACAUCUGCAAACUAUCCUGGUGCUGCUGUUUCUCAUCAUUGGUUACGUGCUACAAUUUAUGUGUGGUUUCAGACGAGACCGUUGGUUUAUGGAACCAAAUCAAUCCACGCCCCUCUCGACCACACCAGCUCCAGCUCCAACCACAUCCGCGAUCCCGUACCCGGUGAAACUUUAUCCUAAUUGGACCAUCCGGGAUAGCACGCUGGCCGAGUACGAAGGAAGCAACAGCACAACACUAAACACCCCGGAACCGGAACAUCUCGGUCUGCUAGCGUCGGGUGAGGCCAUAUUCACCUAUCUCGUUCCUGCUUUGCUGCAUCUGAAUGGAUACCUGAUGGCGGUAUUCAUCUAUCGCUUCGCCGAUAACGAACAGUUGCAGAGUCUCGUCGAAAGGGUCUUUAUCCUCAGCAGCAAUCCGCGCCGGUUGGUGUUGACACUUUGGCUCUACUUUGGACUGGGGCUGGUUUGGCUGGGCGUCUCCAUCGCCUACGUAACGCUGCUGGGAGUUGAUGGGAUCACCGUUUCGGAGCGAUUUUUAUCCUUCGGCUGGACCGAACGAACGAUGGCCGGGUGGGCGACACACGCGGCCGAGGUGCUGCGGGCGCUGCUUACCGUGACGCUGUUUUUCCACGACCUCGUGCAGAUGGUGGUGAUUGUGAGUUAUGGUUUAAUGUGUUACAUGUUGCGAUGCUAUCUGAAGGCGCUGAAGGAAAAGCUGCUGCUGCACACGAUCGAACCACUGAACUGGAUGCGGGAGAUCUGCGAGUUCCGGAAGCUGCUGCACCAUCUGAACACGAAAAUAUCGCUACCGGUCGCGAGCCUGACCGUGCUCAACCUCAGCUACACCGUCUCGAGCGUGGCGCAUCUGUUCCACGAUAUGACGGCCUGCCCGAUUAACAUCUUCACCGCCAGCCUCGCCAACAUUCUGCUCUGGCUGGUCAUCGCGCUGGUGCCGUUCUUCCAGGCCGCCAGCCUAACCGUCACCUGCCGCCAAACGCAAUCCUGCGGCCAUCUGAUAAGCAUUCGUCCGUUCGUUCACCGGAACACGUCGUCCGAGGAUCUGAACACCGUGCUGCUGUACGCGUCCUCGCUAAAGAUGUCAGCCAAAUUGUUCCGGAUGCCCGUCAGCGCCCACUAUCUGUGCUUUCUCGUGCUCGUCUGCUUCAUCGGUGUGCUGACGUUCGGAAUGUGCCUCAACAUAUCGCUCGGUCGGCUGUAGAGUUGGGGAGAGGGCAGGGAGCAAGGGUGGAAUAUACGCACAGCCACGUGACGUGGUGGUGUGCCGUGACGGCGUGACCGGAAAUCGCGUUCGGGGUGCAGUGGAAUUCGCCCGGAAGGAAGUGAAGCUUUCGUGGAAUUGGAUGAACUGACACGGACAGACCGAAUCAUCGGCCGGCCUGUUCGGCAGCAAGUGACGGACCGUUUCAUACACGUGGAGACUUUCGGACGACCGAUCGGUUGCGUGAGUUUUGGACGAUACAGUUUAAGAAGAACCACCUAUCGAAUCGAAACGGGAGGGCUAGGCUCCUUCUUUAUCGAUCAUCACGAACCGUGACCGGACACCAGUUUGCACAGAUUUUUUUUUUUGUAUUUCCUUCCCGCAGACUGGCUAACUGGGUGAGAGCCUUGAUUGCCAUUCGCUGCCCGAUACCUUUUCACUCGGGCCAAUACUUCGAUUGAUAGUGACAGAUGUUCGAUGUCGGAUUGCUAGGCUAAUAUGAAAGUGCGCAAUGUGAAUAACCUACAUUUUUUGAGAUUAUGCCUUUAAAUCGCUCGUAGUAAAUUUGAAUUUCUGCAGGAAAAAAAAACGAUAGCUCAUUCUCAAUUAUCCACAAGGGGAAGAGAGCAUGAACUGCACGUGAUUUAGUGCAUGUGUUUCAAAUUUCGUUCUUCAACAGUUUCUCCAAUCAGAAACAUCAGCUUUUGUUAAUGAUAGCUUAUUAAGCUAAUUGUGAGCAAAAGGAUGCAUGAUUGAGCAAUAAAGACUGGUGUACAAAGCAUG